AUCAGCCUCGCCAUCACGUCUACAAAGUCCGACAUUCAAGUACCUUUUCAUCCAAACUGCAUGUAAGGAUGAAUAUCCUAGCGACGAAACGAAAUAAGUGAUGCGACAACUCUCCAAGCACAUAUUCUCUUUCAACGUUCACGAUGCCGAUAUACUGCCAGAAAUGCCGGACACCACUGAAGCUCGAUAGCUCUUUGGAAGACCUCAACCCUGCCGCCUUCGAUUUACUUGUUGGCGCGACUUCACAACAAUACCCAAAGAACACCUUCUCUCGCCCUCCAUACCCCGAAGGACGACGAAAGCUGUACGAGCAAGUCUCCAAGAAUGCCGGACCUCCCACAAUCAGACGUAACCUUGCGUCAGGUCAUCGAAGUGAUACCGCUCCACCAAGUCUAGGUAACCCGGCCAUGUCGUUUGUUAUGCUUACGGAGUCACAAGUGGUACCGCCAUCAGUUGUUGUGAAGUCGCCAGAAGAUACAAAUCCCGGGAACAACCGCCAUGAUAAAGUCGUUGCUCUGGACGGACAAGACGAAGGGAAAGCCAUGUCGCAGGAUAUGGAACGAGCCUCUAGGCUCUUCGAGAUACUCUCGGCACGAUCAGACAUCGAUCAUCCUGUGUGCACAGAAUGCACGGAUAUGCUGGUGGCAGGAUUACAGCACAGAUUAGAAGCAGCUACAAAAGAGAGAGAUGCCUACGUUAGCUUCCUUAAGCAAGUGAAUGCCGAAAUCCCAACAGAAGAAGAGGUUCAAGAAUCAAAGGAUGCCUUGGCCAAAGCCAGGAAGGAGGAAGAAGCUGCCAUCGAGGAGCUGAAGAAGCUAGAAGCAGAGAAAGCCGCCGUCGACGAAGAGAUCGCCCAACUUGAAGAGGAAGCCCGAUCAUUAGACAUCGAAGAAGAGAAAUUCUGGCGAGACCGCAACGCUUUCGCCAUGAAGCUCGCAGAAUUUCAAAACAUCCGAGAUAGCGUAAAUCUCCAAUACGACCACGACACCCAACUCCUCGAGAAACUGCAACGAACAAACGUCUACAACGACACCUUCUGCAUCUCCCACGACGGCAAAUUCGGCACCAUCAACGGCUUACGUCUCGGUCGACUCUCCAACGUCCCCGUCGACUGGCCCGAGAUCAACGCCGCCUGGGGCCAUACCGUCCUCCUCUUACAAACCGUAGCCGAUAGACUCGGCUACAAGUUCCAAGGCUACGAACUGCAACCCAUGGGCUCCACAUCGCGGAUCAUCCGCUACGAAACCCCCAACCCGUCCUCAUCACGGAACAGCCCCCGAGCAGGCAAGAAACACAUCCUGGAGCUCUACUCCAGCGGCGACAUGCCUCUCGGCCUCACGUUCAUGCACCGCCGCUUCGACAUCGCCAUGGAAGCCUUCCUCGAAUGCAUGCGCCAACUCGGAGCCUUCGUCGAGGCGGAAUCGGCAAAGAGUAGUGAGAGCGGGAGGGGAUUGGCGUUGCCGUAUAAGAUCGAUGGUGCUAUGAUUGGGGACGUGAGUAUUAAGCUGGGUAUAGCGCAAGACGAUGCUUGGAGUCGAGCGUGCAAGUUUACAUUGACUUGUUGCAAGUUCCUGUUGGCUCAUGCUAGUAAUGUUAAUGCCGCGAGUGGGAGGAGGGGUGUAUGAUAGCUAGGUAUCUGGAGUUUGGAUCAUGGCGCUGAGUUACAAGCAGGGAGGAAGGGCAUUUUAGGCGUUAGGACACAAACAUCGAGAGAGUACAGUACAUAGAGAGGGGUCAAUGAAAACGAGGAGUCUUAAAUGCUUGCAUGC